UCGGGCAUUUCGCCGGAAACCGACGCCGCGCACGGACCUCAAGCGACUCCACCAGUAGUCUCUCUCCCAUCCGACUGUACGCUAUUGUAUACGUGUAUAACCCCCCCCCACACACACACACGCACGCGUACGCACGCACACAGAGGCAGAGACAGAGACGCAGCUAGCCGUGGUAGAGAAGAGAGAGAGAUCGCAUCGCCGCGCCAGUUGACGGACGGCGGACUCUCAGAGCGGAGACACUCGCUGAGACGUACGGACAGAUUGUUCCUCGCGCGGCCCGGACUGUACUGUACGCACUAGUCGUGUACACAUACACUAGCCAGGCUACUAUUCCUGCUACGCUCGACGACGUUCGCUCGUUGCUUCAUCGAGACAUUAACUCUCAACUCUCCCACACACACAACCAACCAUGAGCACCAAGGAAAACAGCGGUGAGGUCGCCGUCGAGAAGGUGACGGAAAACGACAAGCCCAACGCGGACGCCAAGUGCGAGAUCAAAGGCAUCAAGAGGGCGGCAGAGGAGAAGAAUGACGAGCCCAAGAAACAGAAGAAGGAGGAGAACGGUGACGGAGAGAUAGAGGAAGAGGAAGUCGACGACGAAGUUGACAAUGAAGAGGAGGAAGUCGAAGACGGAGAUGAUGACGAAGACGAGGAAGAUAUCCCAGAAGGAGAGGACGACCUCGACGAAGAGGAUGACGAGGAAGACGCGGAAGCCGAGGCAGAGGGUGAGGUAGACGACGAGGAGGAUGACGCAUAAUGAAGAAGCGGAGAGCCGCGUGUAAGUAAGAAGGGAGGCGGAGGAGCCCGACGGUGUGCCCGCAACCUCGUCGUCGUCGCAGCCGUCGUUCGUCGGCAGUCCUCUCGAGCAAGACACUUACUCUCAUAUUGAGUGGUUUGGUAGCACACCAACGUUGUUGACGACACCUGUCGGACGAUCUCCUCCCGAUCUCUGCAAACCUAACAGCAACAACAAAACAACAGCAACAGCAACAACGUCGUUGACACCUUGCCGGAGUUGCGUCGGGCCGACACAUAUAAUAUAUAUACAUAUAUAUAGACCCCCCCUAUCAUUCUCCCCCCUCACACAUCUAUACAUAUAAUACGACAGCGAGCGUAAGCGAGAGAGAGUUAGAGUAUGAGAGAGGAGUAGUAGCGAAUUUUUAUUAGAAGAAAAUUCCCAACCACCUUCCCACCCUUGCAUCUUCCCGUUGAUUCUUGAUUAAUUUCCCUCCCUAUAUCGUCGGUCUCGGCGCCCACGCAAUUCUGGCCUCCUAGCCUUCACCAAAUACUUGCUAGGUCGUUUGACGGAUAAAGAAAAAGCUAUAAGUUCGCCCCUUCCUCCGUAAAGACACGAAAGAUCAAGAAAUAUGUUAAGGCCCAUCUGGUCGCUAUUUACAUUUUUUUUAAACAGAAACUCUAUUUGUAAUAAUUUUCGUUCGCCUCCAAUGGUCGACGGAAAUUACUAUUACUACUACUACGUUCACAAAUGUUUUCUUUUUUAUAAACGACAAAAGCAGCAACCGCAGCAGCAACAAAAAAAGAAUACAGCAAAGGAAAAAAAUGUUAAGCAAACAGCAAUGCAUAUUGUACCCUCGUCAUCUUGUAUGUCUAUCUUUCACACACACGCCGAACUUAACUUUUGAAUUGUCUCCUGCAUUUUUGUCGAACCUCCGUCUACGGUGGAUCUAUCGUUUUCUUUUUGUCCAAGCCAACUCGUCGAACGCAACUUGAAAAAUCUGGUAUUUGCCGUCAUCUAGCUUUUCUUCGCGGGACAGUUUUGUAACGAAAACUUAUUUAAGAUGUAAGGAAAAAAGCUCUAUUGUAUUUAAAUAGUGUAAAAUGGACAUUUGUGGGUGAUGAUUUUUUUUUAUAUUUGAAAAUCAAUUUUGCGUUUGUAGUUCAACGAAUGUCUCUCACCUAGUGCGCGCGUGACUGAGUUUUUCUUUUUUUUUCUCAAAAAAUCGUUCUUAUCUUCUCUUUCCGUUUAUGGUCAAUUGUCGGAUUAUCGACAAAAUGGUAUGUGUAAUUAAACGAUUGAAGGAAAAAAUACAUGGGAAAGCGAACACACGCGCGAACAUUAAAUAAAUUUGAUAAUCUUGGUGUAAUGUCGGCGGACAGGUUACCGAAUGGUGCAUGCAUAUUUAACAUUAUAAAUGAGAUAAUAAAGAGUUUUUUAAUUUGAAUGAAAUUAUGUUGAAACAAUAAGCAACGUAACAGUCGAUAUGUAGUGAACAUUGGUACUUUGAAAACUGUGCUCACCUGUCUGCCGAUCACCAAUUGAAUGUUUUAAAUGCGAUGCUCGCGCCUGGUAGUGUGGAUGAGUAAUGUAUGACUUUAACAUUGCAUAAUAAUUAUACAUAGCAUGUAUAAAGUUAUGGAAUAAGAAACAGUUUUAUUAUUAACGCUAAUAAUUGUAAACGUAAUGCGGAGAGGUUGUUAUACACACUUUUAGACACUUGGGCAUAUUUCAGAAUCGGGGGGAGAGAGAUUGAUGCGUCGGCGAACUCGCAACAAAUGAUCAUGAUAAAAUAAUGAUGCAAUUUAUAGCAAAGUAUAAAACUGUAUUUUCAUGAGAGACUCCGCAUGAUGAACUUACCUUGUUUUUCUUUUUUUAUUGUCCGAGACUAAAGAAAAUAAUGAUUUUUUUCGAAACGCAUAUAUUUACUUGUUAAUUGUGAUUGUAAUACCCAUCCAUCAGUAAACGAGAGAGACGAUUGGAAUGUUCUAUUGUAUAUUUUCUGACGAACUGCAAUGUAUAAAAAAAUAACAGCGAUGUUAUGGACGUAUGAAAUUGUGUAUUAAAAUGAAAUUUCACGAAGAAAACAUUGAUUAAUGAAUGGAGUAUGAUAAAAAAAGAAAAUACAGAUAAAAAAAAUAUACGCGACGAAGUUCGAAGAUCCCACGAGAACUCUCCCUGUUUCGAGCGUAAUUUUUCCAGUUGUAAGCGUAUAAUACACAUGCGUGUAUUACGCUAUCGAAUUGUAUACUUUUUAUUUAAAUGUGCGACAAGUAAGAGUAUAUAUAGAGCGCGCGCGAACAUUUAAAAUAAAGAAAAACGAUGCAGUCAUUUAUUUUUUUUUAUUUUUCUCGUUUUUGUAUGCUUUUUUACACAGUUGGUGAUCAGCGUCCGCGCGCGCGCGUCCGAACGUCCGACGAAUUUUUAUUUUACCAAAAGCCGCGAAUGCGUCGCGCUUAGGAGCGCCGAUUAUACUUAUACAAUAUUUUUCUCCAGCAUAAGUAGUAGACCGGAAUUAUCAAAGAGAAAAGCUCGAGUUGAUUUUCAAUAACGCAAAAUGGGGAAAAAACGAGAGAAAAAUCGUCUUUAUACUCUCGAGGGUCGCCGAGCGAAUCGUUUCGAUUAAGCAAACUCAGCUUCCCUCGACGGCGCUCGAGCCAUUCAAUCGUUUUCCCAAAUAAAUAGGUAAGACAUGAGAGAUAAGGUCACCGCGCUCCUAUCAGCGACGAGCAUUAUGAAAGCACAUAAUCGCGAGCAAGCAAGAGUUAAAACGAAAAUUCGUCCCGUCGUCGAAUUUAUAUAUUCUCUUUAUAUAUUACCUCCUUUCGCACCGAAUCCGACUGGGCGACCAGUGUAUUAAUUAUUAUAUAAAUAAUAUGAUAAAAUGGCGCAAUCGACAUGAAAUCAAUUGACGAAUUUAUAUACAUCGGAUAUUAUGAAUGAAAUGAAUAAUAAAAAAAUUUUUUCAACAAAAAAAGAGAAAUGAUAAUAUGCGAACAAAGCAGUGGAAACAUAUGCAAAAAAAAUAUGGGUGAUGAGACAUUGCGGUUACGAUACCAUUGUACCAUAGCUGCAUAAUUAAAUAAAAGUAACGAUAAUUCGAACGCGAGAGGAUGUGUGCCCCACGUUUUAAUGUACAAAUAUUUUCGAAGAUGGUAGUUAAAUAAAGCGCAGUUAGAUCGGAAGACGAAUCCAUUCGUUCCCGUGAGUAUAUAACUA